AUGACGAAGUACCUUGAAGCCAUUCUCGAGGAGGCUGAUUUCAAGGAAUCACGAUACCCAGGCCCUGAUAGAGACAUGCUAUUCGAAUCGGCAUAUCGCCACAAGCAUCAUGAGUCCGAAGAGUACCUUCUUUGCACGGACUGUGACCAAGGAGAGGAUAGCAUCUGUGACAUUGCCCUUCAUGCAUCCUGCUCAGUGCUCGGAUGCGACAAGGUAAGGCUUAUUCAUCGUGCAAGGCUGAACACGGCUAAAGAGGCGAUGGAGUCACCCAAACCUGCAAUACACUAUGGCAAGAUCGCCUCUGGAGACACCGUUAUGAGAUCGGGAGAGGACCGAGACGAGAUUGCUCGAAGCGAGGGAGUUAUCGCGUUUGAGAUGGAGGGUGCUUGGGUAUGGGACAGUUUUCCUUGUGUCAUCAUAAAGGGAAUAUGUGACUAUGCCGACAGCCAUAAGAGCAAAGAAUGGCAAGCCUAUGCCGCAGCAACUGCUGCGUCUUGCAUGAAAUCAUUUUUGGAAGACUGGCCAACCACACACCAUACACAACUAUCCCUUUCAAAUGAACACUACCAAUCUUCCUACAGCUCAAAUAGAGUCGUGCUUCUCAACACUGAACUACAGAAUCAACCUUCCGGGCCAAAAGAGUGUCACCUUAGCAUGUUCGAAAUUGGAAAGCCCUUAGGGAAAGGGAGUUUUGGUCAUGUUUACCUCGCUAGAGAGCGCAGCUCUGGGUUCGUUUGUGCCUUGAAGGUUCUCUAUAAGCAUGAAAUACAGCAGGCUAAGGUCGAAAGGCAAGUACGAAGAGAAAUUGAAAUCCAAAGCAACUUACGACACGAUAACAUCUUAAAAUUAUAUGCCCAUUUCCACGACAGCGAGAAAAUUAUAUUGGUUCUGGAAUUCGCCGGAAAAGGAGACUUGUCCAGGCACCUUCGUCGCUGUAAUCGGUUUCCAGAGUGGAAAGCAGCUCUGUAUAUCGCGCAAAUGGCUGCAGCUUUGAAUUAUAUGCACAAGAAGCAUGUUAUGCACAGAGAUAUCAAGCCGGAAAAUAUCCUUAUAGGCAUGGAUGGCGAGAUCAAACUAUCUGAUUUCGGUUCGAGCGUCCAUUCGCCAAAUAAAAGGAGGAAUACACUAUGCGGAACAUUAGAUUACCUAUCGCCGGAAAUGAUCAAAGCCAGACGCGGAAGCCAGAAGGAUAAUUACGGCCAGGAGGUUGACUUGUGGGCAUUAGGUGUUUUGACAUGA